GAUUUAUUGACCUCUAUCUAGCUUAUAGCUUUCAGUAUCUAGGCAUAUAUAUUUUUUACAACCUGCUGAAAUUCAUGGCCAAGGUUUUAGUAACUCAUAAAAUGGUUGGUGUUGCCUUAUUCGAUGGUGAAUUAGAAUUAUUGGACGACACACAGCUUUAUUAUAUUAGAGAAAAAAUUCGUGCUCGUCAUGGUAACACUCCUACUGACCUAAAGAUGUGGAAAUCAAAAGUUGAGCCUUUAAAUAUAAUACGGGAUAUGAGUGUAACUAUUAGAGACCUUUUUGAACUACCAAAAUCACCAGAGACCUCGGAAUUGAUCAACAGAGUAACCAUUUUUUACGAUUUUGGUCCAUCCAAAAUGAAGAGUGUUUUACUUACUAAAUGCUGAUUGAUAAAUAAAUGAUCAUUCAUGUACAUUAUUUAUA